CAAAAAUCGGACGUAUUCUGUCUCCUACAUCCCAAAGGUGGCCGGUCUCCACAAGGUCACUGUGCUCUUUGCUGGGCAGAAUAUCGACAAGAGCCCCUUCGAGGUCAACGUGGGCAUGGCGCUGGGCGAUGCCAACAAGGUGUCAGCCGAGGCCCAGGACUGGAACCUGUGGGCAACGUGGCUAACAAGCCCACCUAUUUCGACAUCUACACGGCAGGUGCGGGGACGGGCGACGUGGGCGUGGUCAUCGUGGACCCCCAGGGCCGCCGCGACACCGUGGAGGUGGUCUUGGAAGACAAAGGGGAUAGCAUCUUCCGAUGCACGUACCGGCCCGUCCUGGAGGGUCCCCACACCAUCUACGUCACCUUCGCCGGAGCUCAGAUCCCAAAAAGCCCUUUCACAGUCAACGUGGCGGAAGCGCUGCCUCCCCCUCCUCCACCCGGCGUCUCCCCCGUUCAGAUCAUCCCUCAGUCUGUCCGCACCCCGCCUGCCGACAAGGCCAAGAAAAUCCCGCCCGCCACCCUGCCCAAGCCGCGUAAACCAACUUGCAACCCGAAUGCCUGCCGGGCGAUGGGGAGGGGGCUGCAACCCAAGGGGGUCCGCGUGAAGGAAGUGGCCGAUUUCAAGGUCUACACGAAAGGAGCUGGCACCGGGGAGCUGAAAGUCACGCUCAAGGGGCCCAAAGGCACAGAGGAGCCAGUGAAGGUUCGGGACGUUGGCGAUGGAGUGUACGAGUGUGACUAUUACCCCAUGGCGCCCGGGAAGUACGUGGUGUCCAUCACAUGGGGGGGCUACGCUAUCCCAAGAAGCCCCUUUGAGGUGCAGGUGGGGCCGGAGGCCGGCCUGCAGAAGGUCAGGGCCUGGGGACCUGGCUUGGAGACUGGCAUGGUGGGGAAGUCGGCCGACUUUGUCGUGGAGGCGAUUGGCACAGAAGUGGGCACCCUGGGCUUCUCCAUCGAGGGCCCCUCCCAGGCCAAGAUCGAGUGUGACGAUAAGGGCGACGGCUCCUGCGACGUUCGCUACUGGCCCACAGAGCCGGGCGAGUAUGCCGUGCACGUGAUCUGCGACGACGAAGAUAUCAAGGACAGCCCCUUCAUCGCCCACAUCCUGCCCGCCACCAACGAAUACUUCCCUGAGAAGGUGAAAGCGUUCGGCCCCGGCCUGGAGCCUGUCGGCUGCAUCGUGAACAAGCCUGCGGAGUUCACCAUCGACGCCAGAGGGGCAGGAAAAGCCGAGCUCAAGAUCUACGCUCAGGAUGCAGAAGGCGUCCCCAUUAACAUCAAGGUGAAAGACAACGGUGACCACACCUUCUCCUGCGUAUAUGUCCCCACUAAGCCCAUCAAGCACACCAUCAUCAUCAGCUGGGGGGGCGUCAACAUCCCCAAGAGCCCCUUCCGGGUGAAUGUCGGGGAAGGAAGCCAUCCUGACAAAGUCAAGGUAUAUGGACCCGGAGUCGAGAAGACGGGGCUGAAAGCCAACGAGCCAACCUAUUUCACAGUCGACUGCAGCGAGGCUGGGCAAGGGGACGUGAGCAUUGGCAUCAAGUGCGCCCCGGGCGUGGUGGGGCCAGUGGAGGCUGACAUCGAUUUCGACAUCAUCAAGAACGACAAUGACACGUUCACCGUCAAGUACACCCCGCCGGGCCCCGGGCGCUACACCAUCAUGGUGCUCUUUGCCAACCAGGAAAUCCCCAUCAGCCCUUUCCACAUCAAGGUAGACCCUUCCCACGACGCCAGCAAGGUGAAGGCCGAAGGGCCUGGACUCAACCGGACAGGUGUGGAAGUUGGGAAGCCCACCCAUUUCACAGUGUUUACAAAAGGCGCUGGCAAAGCCAAGCUGGACGUCCACUUUGCAGGGGCCACCAAAGGCGAGGUCGUACGAGACUUUGAAAUCAUUGACAACCAUGAUUAUUCAUACACCGUUAAGUACACGGCUGUGCAGCAGGGUAACAUGGCAGUGACGGUCACUUAUGGUGGAGAUCCCAUCCCAAAGAGCCCCUUCCCGGUGACUGUGGCUCCUCCCCUCGACCUCAACAAGGUCAAAGUGCAAGGACUGAACAGCAAGGUGGACGUGGGCCGUGACCAGGAAUUUGCCGUCAACACGAAGGGGGCCGGGGGGCAAGGCCAGGUGGACGUGAAGAUCAGCUCCCCCUCCCGGCGUCCGAUCCCCUGCAAAGUGGAGACGGGCACCACCAACGACAUCCACUCUGUCAAGUACAUGCCGCCUGAAGAGGGGCCUUACAAGGUGGACGUCACGUACGAUGGGCACCCCGUGCCAGGCAGCCCCUUCUCGGUGGAGGCUGUCAUGCCCCCGGACCCGUCCAAGGUGUGUGCCUACGGACCAGGGCUGAAGGGCGGUUUCGUCGGCAAGCCCGCCCCUUUCACCAUCGACACCAAAGGGGCCGGCACCGGGGGGCUGGGCCUGACCGUGGAGGGCCCCUGCGAAGCCAAGAUCGAGUGCCAGGACAACGGCGACGGCUCGUGCUCUGUUUCCUACCUCCCUACGGAGCCGGGCGAAUACGCCAUCAACAUCCUCUUUGCCAACGCCCACAUCCCCGGCUCGCCCUUCAAGGCUGACAUCAAGCCCGUCUUCGACCCCUCUAAGGUCACGGCCAGCGGGCCUGGGCUGGAGCACGGCAAGGUGGGCGAGGUGGCCACCUUCAUGGUGGACUGCUCGAAAGCGGGCGACGCGGAACUGACCAUUGAGAUCAUCUCCGACUCGGGGGUGAAGGCGGAGGUGCUGAUCCAGAACAACAGCGACGGGACCUACAGUAUCACCUACAUCCCCUCCUUCCCGGGCACCUACACCAUCACCAUUAAAUAUGGCGGACACGCCGUGCCCAAGUUCCCCGCCCGCGUCAACGUUGACCCCGCUGUGGACACCAGCGGCGUGAAAGUCUUCGGACCGGGGGUGGAACCCCGAGGUGUUCUACGGGAGGUCACCACCGAGUUCACCGUGGACGCUCGUUCGCUCACCAAGACGGGUGGCAGCCACAUCAAGGUGCGCGUCCUCAACCCCUCAGGCGCCAAGACAGACACCUAUAUCACUGACAACGGAGAUGGCACCUACCGUGUGCAAUACACGCCCUACGAGGAUGGUGUGCACCUUGUGGAAGUGACGUACGACGACGUGCCGGUGCCCAAGAGCCCCUUCCGUGUGGGUGUCACCGAGGGCUGCGACCCCAGCCGCGUGCGUGCCUACGGCCCCGGCCUCGAAGGCGGGCUGGUGAACAAGUCGAACCGCUUCACCGUGGAAACCAGGGGGGCUGGGACAGGGGGUCUCGGCUUGGCUAUCGAGGGCCCGUCGGAGGCCAAGAUGUCUUGCAAGGAUAACAAAGACGGAAGCUGCAGCGUUGAGUACAUCCCGUUCACACCGGGCGACUAUGACGUCAACAUCACCUUUGGGGGGCGCCCUAUACCUGGGAGCCCCUUCCGUGUUCCGGUCAAGGACGUGGUGGACCCCGGCAAGGUGAAGUGCUCGGGGCCCGGGCUGGGUGCCGGUGUGAGAGCACGCGUCCCCCAGACUUUCACUGUGGACUGCAGCAAGGCCGGUCUAGCCCCCCUGGAGGUGAUGGUCUUGGGACCCUCAGGGGUGGCUGAACCAGUGGAAGUGCGUGACAACGGGGAUGGCACCCACACGGUCAACUACACCCCCGCCACUGACGGGCCGUACACCGUGUCUGUGAAGUACGCCGGGCAAGAAGUUCCUCGCAGCCCGUUCAAGAUCAAGGUGCUCCCAGCCCACGACGCCAGCAAAGUACGAGCCAGCGGACCAGGCCUCAACGCCUCCGGCAUCCCCGCCAGUCUCCCGGUGGAGUUCACCAUCGAUGCCCGGGAUGCAGGGGAAGGGCUGCUCACAGUGCAAAUUUUGGACCCCGAGGGCAAGCCGAAAAAGGCCAACAUUCGGGACAACGGAGACGGGACCUACACAGUCUCUUACGUGCCGGACAUGACCGGACGCUACACCAUCACCAUCAAAUACGGCGGCGACGAGAUCCCCUAUUCGCCCUUCCGCAUCCACGCCCUCCCAGCUGGGGAUGCCAGCAAGUGCCUUGUCACAGUGUCCAUCGGAGGCCACGGAUUGGGGACCUGCCUGGGACCCACCAUCCAGAUCGGAGAGGAAACGGUGAUCACCGUGGAUGCCAAGGCAGCGGGGAAAGGAAAGGUGACUUGCAAGGUGUCCACGCCGGAUGGGGCAGAGCUCGACGUGGAUGUGGUGGAGAACCAUGACGGCACCUUCGACAUCUACUACACGGCCCCCGAGCCUGGCAAAUACAUCAUCACCAUCCGCUUUGGGGGCGAACAGAUCCCCAACAGCCCCUUCCACGUGGUGGCCUGUGACACCGUCCCCCAAGUCGAAGAGCCCGGCGACAGCGUCCAACUCCAGCAGCCUUUCCCGGCUCACCAAGCCGGUGGUGGCUACCCCACACACUGGGCCACGGAUGAGCCCGUCGCCCCUCCGGAGACCGUGGAUUCUAUGCUGCGGCCUUUCAACCUGGUUAUCCCCUUCACUGUCCAGAAGGGGGAGAUCACAGGUGAAGUACGAAUGCCUUCUGGCAAGACUGCGCGUCCCCACAUCACUGAUAACAAGGAUGGCACCGUGACGGUGAAAUACGCCCCUGUGGAGAAGGGUCUGCAUGAGAUGGACAUCAAAUAUGAUGGCAACCACAUCCCAGGGAGUCCACUUCAGUUCUAUGUGGAUGCCAUCAACGCCCGCCACGUGAGCGCCUAUGGGCCUGGGCUGAGCCACGGCAUGGUCAACAAGCCAGCCACUUUCACGAUUGUCACCAAAGAUGCUGGCGAAGGAGGUCUCUCCCUCGCUGUCGAGGGCCCCUCUAAGGCUGAGAUCACCUGCAAGGACAACAAAGACGGAACCUGCACCGUCUCCUACCUGCCCACGGCGCCCGGCGAUUACAACAUCAUCGUACGCUUUGACGACAAGCAUAUCCCCGGCAGCCCUUUCACGGCCAAGAUCACAGGGGACGAUUCCAUGCGGACCUCCCAGCUGAACGUGGGCACCUCCACCGACGUGUCCCUGAAGAUCACGGAGAGUGACCUGAGCCUGCUGACGGCCAGCAUCCGGGCGCCGUCUGGCAACGAGGAGCCGUGUCUGCUCAAGCGGCUGCCCAACCGGCACAUUGGGAUCUCGUUUACCCCUAAGGAGGUGGGCGAGCACAUCGUGAGCGUGAAGAAGAGCAGCAAACACGUCACCAACAGCCCCUUCAAGAUCAUGGUGGGCCAGUCGGAGAUCGGAGAUGCCAGCAAGGUGAAAGUGUCGGGCAAGGGGCUGGUGGAAGGCCGCACCUUCGAGGUGUCUGAGUUCAUCGUCGACACACGCACUGCAGGCUACGGCGGCCUGGGCCUCUCCAUCGAAGGCCCCAGCAAGGUGGAUAUCAACUGCGAGGACAUGGAAGACGGGACUUGCAAAGUCACCUACUGCCCCACCGAGCCCGGAAACUACAUCAUCAACAUCAAGUUUGCCGACAAGCACGUGCCAGGGAGUCCUUUCACGGUGAAGAUGACGGGCGAGGGGCGCAUGAAGGAGAGCAUCACCCGCCGGCGUCAAGCCCCCUCCAUCGCCACCAUCGGCAGCACCUGCGAUCUCAACCUCAAGAUUCCAGGGAACUGGUUCCAGAUGGUGUCGGCUCAAGAGCGGCUGACGCGCACCUUCACGCGCAGCAGCCACACCUACACGCGCACCGAGCGGACGGAGAUCAGCAAGACGCGCGGCGGCGAGACCAAGCGCGAGGUACGGGUGGAGGAGUCCACGCAAGUGGGCGGGGACCCCUUCCACAACGUCUUCGGCGACUUCCUCGGCCGCGAGAGUCUCGGCUCCUUUGGCAGCACCAUCGCCCGGACCCAGGAGGGUGAGGCAGGGUUACAGGCGAUGACCGCCCAAGUGACCAGCCCGUCAGGAAAGAUGGCCGAGGCAGAAAUCAUUGAAGGAGAAGACAGUGCCUACUCCGUACGCUUCGUGCCCCAAGAAAUGGGCCCCCAUACUGUGAACGUCAAGUACCGUGGUCAGCAUGUGCCGGGCAGCCCUUUCCAAUUCACCGUGGGGCCGCUGGGAGAAGGGGGCGCCCACAAGGUGCGAGCAGGAGGCACCGGCUUGGAGAGGGGCGUGGCCGGAGUGCCAGCUGAGUUCAGCAUCUGGACCCGGGAGGCAGGUGCCGGCGGCCUGUCCAUCGCGGUCGAGGGCCCCAGCAAGGCCGAGAUCGCCUUUGAGGACCGGAAAGACGGCUCCUGUGGGGUCUCCUACAUCGUCCAAGAAGCAGGUGACUACGAGGUAUCCAUCAAAUUCAACGACGAACACAUCCCCGACAGUCCUUUCGUGGUCCCGGUGGCCUCGCUCUCGGAUGACGCCCACCGCCUGACCGUCACCAGCCUCCAGGAGACUGGCUUGAAGGUGAACCAGCCGGCUUCCUUCGCAGUGCAGCUGAAUGGGGCCCGCGGAGUAAUCGACGCAAAGGUUCACACACCCUCCGGGCUGGUGGAGGAGUGCUACGUCUCGGAGCUGGACAGUGACAAAUAUGCCAUCCGCUUCAUCCCUCACGAGAACGGCGUUCACUCCAUCGACGUCAGGUUCAACGGCAGGCACAUCCCCGGCAGCCCUUUCAAGAUCCGGGUAGGGGAACAGAGCCAGGCGGGCGACCCGGGUCUUGUCACAGCCUACGGCCCAGGGCUGGAGGGUGGAACUACAGGCGUCUCCUCGGAGUUCUUCGUCAAGACACGGAACGCCGGCUCAGGCGCCCUCUCGGUCACCAUCGACGGGCCCUCCAAGGUGCAGAUGGACUGUCAAGAGUGCCCCGAGGGCCACAAGGUCACUUAUAUGCCCAUGGCGCCGGGCAACUACCUCAUCUCCAUCAAGUACGGAGGGCCCCAGCACAUUGUGGGCAGCCCCUUCAAGGCCAAGGUCACAGGGCCUCGUCUGUCCGGAGGGCACAGCCUCCACGAGACGUCCACCGUGCUGGUGGAGACGGUCACCAAGGCCUCAUCUUCCAUGGGCAGCAGCAGCAGCUACAGUGCCCUGCCCAAAUUCUCCUCGGAUGCCAGCAAGGUGGUGGCCAGGGGGCCUGGACUCACCAAGGCCUUUGUGGGCCAGAAAAACACCUUCACUGUCGACUGCAGCAAGGCAGGUACCAACAUGCUAAUGGUGGGCGUCCAUGGUCCCAAGACACCCUGCGAGGAGGUCUACGUGAAGCACAUGGGCAACCGUGUCUACAACGUCACCUACACUGUCAAGGAGAAAGGCGACUACAUCCUCAUAGUGAAGUGGGGGGACGAGAGCGUUCCCGGAAGCCCCUACCAGGUCAACGUGCCCUAGGGGGUUUCUGGAGGUCACCUCCUUUUGGCCCCGCCCUGC